UAAGAGUUGGUAACCCUACUUUUAGCGAAUUUCCCAGCUGCUUUGAUGCUUGACUCAGGAUAAAAUGACUUUUUGUCUUUAAAUUACGCUAAAUUUUCUUUAAAACAAAUAUUAUAUCAUUGAAAUUGACGUCUUACUGAAUCUUUUAAAACGUGUUUUAAUUUACAAUGGACGUUUUAACUAGACCUGCUGAGGAGUUUGGAAAUGAUGAGACCCUCGAGCAUCUCUGGGCAGCUAGAGCUAUGGAGCACAGUGAUAUUUACUUUAAUGUACUUUGUUCUGUGGACACGAGAUGGCUUCGAUUAACCCCGCACGAUGAUCUUAUAUACACCCACUUCAGGCAAGAUUUCCCUGAUCUGGAUAUUACAUACAUAAAAGAAGACGAAAUAAAAAACAAUGUUAACAAAGCGAAGUGGCGUAUGUUUUGUGAGAAAUUUAAGAAUACAGUCGAAGAUUACAGUUUCGGUACGCUAUUGCGAGCAGACACAAACGGUGAUUACUCAGAGCAAAACACAAUUUUAGUGCCUAGGGUUCAAUUCUACGCUAUCGAAAUUGCGAGAAACCGAGAAGGCUUAAAUAAUGAAGUUAAGAAGAGAUAUAAAUGUGCGUCAAAAGCUCACACGGAAGCUCAGUCCAACGUGAGGGAGAUUGUUGCGUAAAUGGUUACUUUUCAAAGUAUCGGAACUAAGAAUAAUUAGCUAUGUUAUAUGUAUUGCUACAAUAAUAUCUGCCUUUAUGUUUUAAUCACAUCUGUGGAAUAUUAUUCGGUAGAACAAUAAAAGCUAAUUGACAGUAGUAGAAACAUUUUAAAA